AUGCUCAGAGGGAAAAAAAUACUCGUCGGGGUAACGGGAAGUAUCGCAGCCUACAAGGCUGCGAUACUCGUCAGAUUGCUGGUGCGCGAAGGAGCCGAAGUGCGGGUCGUAAUGACCCCGCUGGCCAAACAGUUCAUCACGCCGCUGACGCUGGCGACCCUGUGCAAACAUCCCGUUCCGGUCGAAUUCUUCAAUCCGGAGAACGGGGAAUGGAACAGCCAUGUCAGUCUCGGCACGUGGGCGGACGCUUACCUGAUCGCCCCGGCUACGGCCAACACGAUCGCGAAAAUGGCGACCGGCGUGGCGGACAACCUGCUGCUGACCACUUAUCUGUCGGCGCGGUGUCCCGUUUUCGUCGCUCCGGCGAUGGAUCUGGACAUGUACUCCCACCCUACCACGCAAUACAACCUCGACUCGCUGAAAAGCUACGGCAACCAGGUGAUCGAGCCCGCCGAAGGCGAACUGGCCAGCGGCCUGUCGGGCAAAGGCCGCAUGGAAGAACCGGAGAAGAUCGUCGCUUUCGUAUCGGAUUUUUUCGCCAAGAAACGCAACCUGACCGGCAAAACGAUCCUCGUAACGGCCGGCCCGACGAUCGAACCGAUCGACCCGGUACGCUACAUUUCAAACUUCUCGUCGGGCAAAAUGGGGUAUGCGAUCGCCGCCGAGUUGAAAGAACGCGGCGCCGAAACGGUCGACGUGGUGACGGCCGAGCAGAUGUUCCGGGCCGCUACGAAAGCUUUCGACCGAUGCGACGCGGCGGUCAUGUGCGCCGCCGUGGCCGACUAUACGCCGCAGGCGGUCGCCGACACGAAAAUCAAAAAGGAAGGAUCGGCAUGGAACAUCGCCCUGCAGCCGACUCGGGAUAUCGCCGCUGCGAUCGGAGCGGUCAAAGGAACGCGCCUCGUGGCCGGAUUCGCGCUCGAAACCGACCACGAACGAGCCAACGCGCAAUCCAAGCUGGAACGCAAAAACAUGGAUUUCAUCGUACUGAACUCUUUGCAGGACGACGGCGCCGGAUUUGGAGGCAAUACCAACAAGAUCACGAUACUUCGCCGCGACGGAAGCGAAACCGUAUUCGGGCUGAAAAGCAAAACUGAAGUAGCCGCGGACAUCGUCGACGAAAUCGAAGCGUUCUGGGCGCCGAAAAACGCCCGUCCCGAAUAA